GUAAAGAUGGCCUUGCAACAGGAAGGAUUUGACCGAAAAAAGCGAGGAUACAGAGACAUCAACGAUAUUGACAUCAACAUGAAUGAUCCUCUUUUUACAAAGCAGUGGUAUCUGAUCAACACUGGGCAAGCAGAUGGUACACCAGGGCUUGAUCUGAAUGUGGCAGAAGCCUGGGAGCUGGGAUACACUGGGAAAGGUGUGACCAUUGGAAUUAUGGAUGAUGGAAUUGACUACCUCCACCCAGACCUGGCCUCCAACUAUAAUGCCGAAGCAAGUUACGACUUCAGCAGCAAUGACCCCUAUCCUUACCCUCGCUACACAGACGACUGGUUCAACAGCCAYGGAACCCGAUGUGCAGGAGAAGUCUCAGCAGCAGCCAACAACAAUAUUUGUGGGGUUGGUGUAGCCUACAACUCCAAGGUUGCAGGUAUACGGAUGUUGGACCAGCCAUUUAUGACGGACAUCAUCGAGGCCUCCUCCAUCAGCCACAUGCCACAGCUGAUUGACAUCUACAGCGCCAGCUGGGGCCCCACAGACAAUGGGAAGACGGUGGAUGGGCCCCGAGAACUCACGCUUCAGGCCAUGGCGGAUGGUGUGAACAAGGGUCGCGGGGGCAAAGGCAGCAUCUACGUGUGGGCCUCYGGGGACGGCGGCAGUUAUGAUGACUGCAAUUGUGACGGCUACGCGUCAAGCAUGUGGACCAUCUCCAUCAACUCGGCCAUCAAUGACGGCAGGACAGCCCUGUACGACGAGAGCUGCUCCUCCACCUUGGCAUCCACCUUCAGCAACGGCAGGAAGAGGAACCCUGAGGCCGGUGUGGCCACCACAGAUUUGUAUGGCAACUGCACACUGAGGCAUUCUGGGACAUCUGCGGCUGCUCCAGAAGCAGCGGGUGUGUUCGCCCUGGCUUUAGAGGCUAACCUGGGCCUGACCUGGCGAGACAUGCAGCAUCUGACCGUGCUCACCUCCAAACGGAACCAGCUUCACGACGAGGUCCAUCAGUGGCGGCGAAACGGGGUCGGCCUGGAGUUUAAUCACCUCUUUGGCUACGGGGUCCUUGAUGCAGGCGCCAUGGUGAAAAUGGCUAAAGACUGGAAAACCGUGCCUGAGAGAUUCCACUGUGUGGGAGGCUCCGUGCAGGACCCUGAGAAAAUACCAUCCACUGGCAAGCUGGUGCUGACCCUCACGACUGAUGCAUGUGAAGGGAAGGAGAAUUUCGUCCGCUACCUUGAGCACGUCCAAGCUGUCAUCACAGUCAAUGCAACCAGAAGAGGAGACCUGAACAUCAACAUGACUUCCCCUAUGGGCACCAAGUCCAUUUUGCUAAGCAGACGUCCGAGGGAUGACGACUCCAAGGUGGGCUUUGACAAGUGGCCUUUCAUGACCACCCACACUUGGGGGGAAGAUGCCCGAGGAACCUGGACCCUGGAGCUGGGGUUUGUGGGCAGCGCACCCCAGAGGGGGGUGCUGAAGGAGUGGACUCUCAUGCUGCAUGGCACACAGAGUGCCCCGUACAUCGACCAGGUGGUGAGGGAUUACCAGUCCAAGCUGGCCAUGUCCAAAAAGCAAGAGCUAGAGGAAGAGCUGGACGAAGCUGUGGAGAGAAGCCUGAAAAGCAUCCUAAAUAAGAACUAGUGCUGCACUUCUGCCUCCACCACCUCCUUCCCUUCCCAUUCUCUGCCUCUAUCCUUGCUCCACAUUUCUGGCAGGCACCUAGCAAUUACUGUCACCCCACACAAGCAAUUCCAUCUUCUUGAACUGCAGCUUUGCUCACUAUCAAUGAUUAUUUUCAUUACAAUGAAAGCAACCUUUUUUUUUCUAUGACCCAAAUAUAAUGUUCCCACUAAC